UUACAUUUGCUGCACAGAGCUGUGCACGUGGAUUUCAACUUCCGGAAUCAACAAAUUCACAUUUUUAUAUGUGACAAAGUUUUCUGGUUUUGAUGAAAUGAUCUAAUACUAUUGUAACAAGAACUAAACACAGUUUUAUUAUGUCGCAUUACAAUUUUAAGAAAAUCACUGUUGUGCCAACAGCGAAGGACUUUGUGGAUAUAGUCCUGUCUAAGACACAGAGGAAAACACCAACAGUGGUUCACAAGCAUUACAAGAUUUCAAGAAUUCGACAGUUCUAUACUAGGAAGAUCAAGUUCGCCCAACAGACUUUCCAUGAUAAACUUUCACAGAUAAUUACAGACUUUCCUAAACUUGAAGAUGUCCAUCCAUUUUAUGCAGACCUGAUGAAUGUUCUGUAUGAUAAAGAUCAUUUCAAGCUGGCUUUAGGACAGAUCAACACUGCCAGACAUCUGAUUGAUAAUGUUGCCAAAGACUAUGUGCGACUGAUGAAAUAUGCUGAUAGUUUGUAUAGAUGUAAACAGCUAAAGAAAGCGGCUUUAGGAAGAAUGUGUACAAUAAUGAAACGUCAGAAACAGAGUUUGGAAUAUCUAGAACAAGUUCGCCAGCACUUAUCCCGUUUACCUACAAUAGAUCCUAACACAAGAACAUUACUCAUCUGUGGCUUUCCAAAUGUCGGCAAAUCUAGUUUUAUAAAUAAGAUUACACGGGCAGAUGUUGAAGUCCAGCCAUAUGCAUUUACAACAAAGUCAUUAUUUGUUGGUCACACAGAUUAUAAAUAUUUAAGGUGGCAGGUAGUCGAUACACCAGGUAUUCUAGACCAUUCCCUGGAGGAUAGAAACACAAUAGAAAUGCAGGCGAUCACAGCUCUAGCUCAUUUACGGGCUGCAGUCCUCUAUGUAAUGGAUGUCUCAGAACAGUGUGGCCACUCUAUAGAGCAACAGGUGUCUCUAUUCAAAAACAUCAAGCCAUUGUUUGCAAACAAGCCACUGAUAGUGUGUGUAAACAAGAUAGAUAUUUUAAAAGUGGAAGACCUUCCAGAUGAUAAAAAGGAUUUGGUAAAAAGUUUCGAAGAUGAAGGUAUACCUUUAAUGAAUAUGAGCACAUUGACAGAUGAGGGAGUAAUAGAGCUGAGAAAUGAGGCCUGUGAUAGAUUGCUAGCACACAGAGUAGAAACAAAGAUAAAAACAAAGAAAGUAAAUGACAUUGCAAACCGUCUUCAUGUAGCCAUGCCACAGAAAAGAGAUCAUAAGGAGAGACCAGCAUUUAUACCAGAGGCAGUUAAGAAAAAGCGACAGGCAAUGGAAGUUGAUCGUGAGAAAAGAAAACUGGAGAGAGACAUUGAACUGGAGGAGGGUGAUGACUAUAUAUUAGAUCUUAGAAAGACCUGGGACUUGAACAAUGAGGAUGAGAAGUAUGAUGUAAUACCAGAGAUAUGGGAGGGACACAAUGUUGCAGACUUCAUAGAUCCAGACAUCAUGAAGAAACUGGAUGCAUUAGAGAAGGAGGAAGAGUUACGAGAGAAGGCUGGUUACUAUGCCAAUGAUGAUAGCGAGGAAGAUGAGGAAAUGCAGGACUUACGGAAAACAGCAGCAAAAAUACGUAACAAGAGGCAGCUGAUUACCAUGGAAAGCGGAGAGAAGAGACGUAUACAGCGUCCAAGAGUGCCAAGAACAGCAAAGAAAAUUGAUGCUAAACAGAUGGAAGAUGAUAUGGAGGCAUUGGGUGUGGAGAUAGAUAACAAAGAGGAGACUCACUAUAACAGACAGAGAUCACGAAGUGCCAGUAAAGCAGCUGUGAAGAGAAAACGUGAACCAUCAGAAUCACAAACACGAGCACAUACACGUAGCUCCUCUAGAACACCACGUGAUAAAUCAGGAGUGAGGGACGAAACUAUGGCAAAGAAGGCUAAGAAGAUUGCAAGAAAAGCACAAAAGUCAUUCAAUAUGGAAGCAAGGAAGGGCGAGGCUGACAGACGUGUACUGGAUAUGAAACCAAAACAUUUGUUUUCUGGAAAACGUAAAAUGGGAAAAACUGAUAGAAGAUAAAUUGAUUGAUCAUACAUUAUUUUGUUUAAAUAUAUUAAAAAAAUUGCUGAAAGAAAAUGUCCUGCUUGUCUUGAAGUGACUCUGAAAGUGACAUAGACCCGACAUAUUUCCAUCAUUUUUAAUUAAAUCAAAGAUGGGGGAGGGGUGGGAAAGCUUGUCAUAAUUAAAUACAUUGUUUGGUUGUUAAAAUGUUAUAUAUCAUUUGUAAUCAACUGAGUGAUAUAACCAACGACACUGUUCUAGUAUCACUUUACAAGUUUUUUUUGUAAAUAAUGUGAAUAAAUCCCCCCUUCAGUAUUUUUGUCCCUGAUCAAAUGCCUGAGAUCACCAUUAUCAAAUCACAAGAAGAUCCCUUUUAAAGCAGAGACUGUAACCCAGCAAAGGUACGAGUUUGUUCACGAGAGGAAGUGAAAUGUGCUACACCCCUAAUGCCUGCUUUCCUCUAGUGCUGGCAUUAGCAAAAUCCUGUAGAAUAAAAAAUGUUGAUUGAACUUCAUGAUGUCCAGAUAUACCAGAAAUAAUAAAUCUUCACUUAAACGUGUAAUUGUGUCAUGCUAGAAUACUGUGAACCUGAAAAAAAAAAAACAUCUGACAUAUUUAUCAUGCAGAAGCAUGUACAGAAAUGACUGGUAAACUACAUAAAAAAAGUCCUUAAAAUGUUUCAAAUAAUUUAUGAGAAUGAACUUUGAUCUGUAUUUGUUAAGACUGUUAGACAAUAAAAAUAACAAUGAA